UCCAGUGUUUGUGGGGGAAAUAUGGAUACGUUCCAGAAAGUGGAGAAGAUAGGAGAAGGGACUUAUGGUGUGGUUUACAAAGCAAAGAACAAAGUGACAGGAGAAACUGUUGCUCUGAAGAAAAUCAGGCUGGACACGGAAACCGAGGGAGUACCAAGCACAGCCAUCAGAGAAAUCUCACUUCUCAAAGAGCUCAGCCAUCCAAAUAUUGUCAAACUGCGAGAUGUCAUCCACACAGAGAACAAACUUUACCUCGUUUUCGAGUUCCUUCAUCAGGAUCUAAAAAAGUUUAUGGAUUCCUCCUCUGUCACUGGCAUCCCGCUGCCUUUGGUCAAGAGCUACCUAUUCCAGCUGCUGCAAGGCCUGGCCUUCUGCCAUUCUCAUAGGGUCCUUCAUCGAGACCUGAAGCCCCAGAACCUCCUCAUCAAUGCACAGGGUGAAAUCAAGCUGGCUGACUUUGGCUUGGCAAGGGCUUUUGGAGUGCCCGUUCGCACGUACACACAUGAGGUGGUAACUCUUUGGUACAGAGCACCAGAGAUUCUCCUGGGCUGCAAGUACUACUCCACCGCUGUUGACAUCUGGAGUUUGGGCUGCAUCUUUGCUGAAAUGAUCACCAGGAGGGCUUUAUUUCCCGGCGACUCAGAGAUUGAUCAGUUAUUCAGAAUCUUCCGCACCUUGGGCACACCUGAUGAGACCGUCUGGCCUGGAGUCACAUCCAUGCCCGACUACAAACCAUCUUUUCCCAAGUGGGCUCGGCAGGAAUUAUCCAAAGUGGUGCCUCUGCUUGAUGAGGAUGGAAGAGAGUUACUUGGAGAAAUGCUGAACUAUGAUCCAAACAAAAGGCUUUCUGCCAAAAAUGCACUUGUACAUCGGUUCUUCCGUGACGUCACUAUGCCGGUCCCUCAUCUCAGACUCUGACCAGUUCAAACACAGGGCUCUUGAAAUGCCAUCGACAUGCUAAGCAGUCGGGACCACCAUACCAAGCUUCACGUCUGUGCCUGGAUUAGACGGAGAAAGUGGACACUGCAGGGCACGUUGGAUUCUUCUGUCCUCGCACAGGUUGAUGUGUGCAAAGUU